AUGAAGAAAUUUUACUCUCUGUCAUCAUCAUCUCUUGUGUCCAAGAGUAUCAUUUUCGGAAAACAAUUCUUCCAAUCAAGCUGCAGCAGAGGUUUUAGCAUUUCAAAGUGCACACUCAAAAACGAAAAGAAAAGAAUAUUGUUCUUUGGAUCGGAUGAUUUUUCAUUGAAUACUCUUAAAUUGGUUCAUUCGGAAUUUAUGAGAAAUGAUUUGGCUAAUAUUUGUGUGGUAUGUCCACCUGAUCGUAAAACAAUCAGGAGAAAUUCUAUAACGAACGUCGAAUGCGUGGUUAAAACCUUUUGUAAAGAGAAUAACGUUCCUUUUGUUCAUCCCAUAGAGAAAUAUAAAACUCCAGAAGAACGAAAGAAAAUUCAAAGAUUGGAUCUACAGGACCUUCCAAGAGACCCUUUAUUGUUCGGUGAGGGUAAUAAUCAUGACUUUAAUCCAAAAUUCGAUCUAGGAAUUGUGGUGAGCUUUGCAUAUUUUCUUCAACCUGGAUUAUUGAACCAAUUUAAAUCGCCAGAUGGAAGAAAUUCCAAUAUAUUUAAUAUUCAUCCUAGCUUACUACCUAGAUAUAGAGGCCCGGCUCCAAUACAUCAUGCUCUUUUGAAUGGAGAUUCCGAUACAGGUAUUACAAUAAUGGAAUUGGAUGAUAAGGAAUUUGAUGUAGGACACAUUGUAAAACAAAAGAGAAUUCCAAUUGAACCAUCAGAGACGUUUACUCAACUCCAUGAUAGACUUUCCAAGAGUGGAGCUGAAAUGAUGGUUGAAAUGAUUGAGGAAUGCAACUUUAAUUUCUCCAGCUUAGAGAGAUUAAGGCAAUCUGACAUGACUGAAACAAUUAAACCCACAAGAGCACGAAAAGUCAAUUUUGAAAUGGGAGAAAUUGAUCUCACGAAGGAAGAUGUUCUUACAAUUUAUAACAAGUGGAGAGCUCUAGAAAAGAUACAUGUACCAUUUCAUGACCAUGGACAUGACACGAAAUUGAUUCUUAAAAAUGUGUCUUAUCCAAUUCUGGAUGAGACCAUGACAAAUUAUGAAGAUAUUGGAACCUUGUUUAUUGACAACACGAACUCUCUAUGCUUGCAAUGCAAGGGAGGAAAACUAAAAAUUAAUAUCUUACAAGUAGAAAAAAAGAAGGAAAUGAACAGCAAAGACUUUAUUAAUGGUAAUAAGAGCAAGCUUCCCAUGAAGCUUGUUUCAACAUCAGAAUAA